CCAUCGUACGGCUCUUGCUGCUCGUCGCUCAUCUUCUCCGUAGAUGUCUUCUACAUCGGCCGCUGCCGUGGCGCGCAUCGCCCACCUGUCCUCGGACGUCGUCGUCGACAACUCUCACUCUCCCUUCGCGGCUUACUGGAAGUCUGCCUCGACGGAGCCCUCAUCCUUCGUCUCUCUCCCAAGAGCAGCCGACCCAGCAUCUGCUCUCCUUCGUUCCCAGUCUGCGUCUCUCGUCUCCUAUACUGCCGUUGCAUCUCAGGCCUUGGCCCGCCUCCUUCCCCACCUCCCGGAGCUCUCACAGCUCCCGCUUGUUCUCCAUCUACUCGCUGAGCAAGACCUGGCCGAUGUUCUUCUCCUCCGAUCCGCCGUUCCUUACUUCAUACACUCUUCUACCGCUCAGCAGGCCCACGACAAUGCUCUCCUCGCAUCCCGUCUUGCCCGUCACGAGAAAAAGGCUGUCGUCCAUGUCUUCCAUCCUGCGAGUUCGGAAGAGCAGAUAGUACAAGUAGAUGGCGACAAGAUUCAGCCCUUCCUCCGUGCACCAAAGCGGGGUCACUCCAAGCUUAACAGCAUCGCUAACGGCCAUGCUAACGGCCAUACAAACGGUCAUGCUAAUGGACAUGCCAAUGGUCACGCCAACGGUCAUACCAACGGUUCCUAUAGCGCAUCGUCCUCUGCAUCACCUUCACCUAUCCUCAGUGCUUCAUCACUCCCACCUCUCGGUACAUCAAGUGACCCAGCCUCGAUCGCGUUGUUCAAGGCAUACGAAAGUGCCGCUAUCGCGACCCUAGCUCUCACUCGUCGAUCACAGCUUCCAGUUCACCGCAAAGGCAGCAAGGAUCCCCACACCGUCAUUUACACCCUCGGUGCCGCCCAGUUCGACUUCGACCUCGAGGGUAUCUCCAUCGUCGACCUUUCUCUCGUCUCCCCACUUCCCUCUGCCCGAGUGCUCGAUGCUAUCUCCUCUCCUUUCACCACAACCGUCAUCGUUGCUGAGCAGAUCCGCAAAUGGUCGAUGAAGUGGACUCCGCUCUUCUUGGACAUCAUCACUUUAAUCCAACAACGCGACACCGACUCUGCUCGCCCAGUCGUUCACAGUGCCACCCUCGGAGACACAAGUUCAAUCCAAUCUGUCGACAUUCUCAAGCUGAUCGAGUCCGCUCCCUCCUCUUCGCGCCUCCAACUGGGCACCGUUUUCGCCGAUCCAGUGUCCGAAGAACCUCGCGUGCCCAAGCACGAAUCGUCCUACACGAAAAUUCUCUCCCAUCUUUUCGGCGAACGUAUAGAGAUUUCGAACUCUCCUUCCCUCGUAGCCUCACAGGGCGAGAUGGCCACCAGUCCAGAGUUCGCUCUCGGUCGCAUUCGUGGUGACCUCGAGCAUCGAUCGGAACUCGUUGCGACGGUCCAGGAGCUCCUGCAGGACGCGAACCUGUCCUCCGAGCUGCAUUCGCUUCUCAGCCGGUGGAUCCUCGCUAAGGACGACGCGGUCAAGAGUCGCAAGCUCGGAGACGAGAUCAUCGAGUCUCUCGAGUCCGAACCUGUCACUCAUCCCGCCGCUGAGCGCGCUCUGGCCCUCCGAGCGCAAUUCCCGUCCCUUUCCAGGUGGAUUAUCGGCUCGGACGCCUGGUCUUACGAUCUCGGCUCGUCCGGCUUGCACCACGCCAUCGCCUCAAAGCUCAACAUCAACAUCCUCAUCCUCGACACUCUUCCCUACACCUCUCGCAAUUCUGGCGAUCCGCACCGCCGCAAGCAUGACGUCGGUCUCUACGCUAUGAACCACGGCGACGUCUAUGUCGCCAGCGUCGCCGUUUACUCGUCCUACGCACAGGUCCUACAGUCACUCAUUGAAGCCGACAAGUUCAACGGCCCUUCAGUAGUUCUCGCCUAUCUUCCCUACAAGAGCGAAGACUCCGCCGCCUUGGACCUCUUGAAGGAGACGAAGCUCGCCGUCGAUUCAGGAUACUGGCCGCUCUACCGCUGGAACCCGUCGAAGGAGGCGCAGGGCAAAGAGCCGUUCUCGUUGGAUUCCGAUGCGGUCAAGAACGACCUCCAAGCCUUCCUGGACCGUCAGAACCAUCUCUCCCAACUUGUGCGUUCAAAGCCUCAGCUGGCUUCGGAGUUGGUCGGGAGUUUGGGCGAGAGCGUGAAGGAGGCGAGGAAGAAGAAGGCACAACAGGCGUACGCUGAUCUGCUUUCGGCCAUCGAUGCUCCUCCCUUGUUGGUCCUCUAUGCGUCGGAUGGCGGUGCGGCCGAGAAGAAGGCGAAAAGGUUGGCGCGGAGGGCGGAGGCGAGAGGUCUGUCGACGACGUUGGCGACUAUCGAUUCGACGAGCAUCGAGGCUCUCGCGCAGGAGGAGCACGUCGCGUUCGUCACUUCCACCGCCGGUCAAGGCGAACCCCCGCAGAACGCCAGACUGUUCUUCAAGGCUAUCAACGCCGCAAUCGCAAAAGGCGAGAAACUCUUCAGCAAGCUCAAGUUCACCGUCUUCGCUAUGGGCGACAGUCACUACUGGCCUCGUCCGGAAGACGCGCAUUACUACAACAAGCCUGGAAAGGAUCUAGAUGCAAGGUUGGAGCAGCUCGGAGGUGAGAGGGUGGCCGAUUUGGGACUGGGUGACGAUCAGGACGCAGACGGGCCGGAGACGGGUUAUAAGGCUUGGGAGCCCCUGCUGUGGAAGGCCCUCGGUGUCGACUCUAUCGAGGUUCACGAAGCGGAGCCCGAACCGAUCACUAACGAACACAUCAAGAUCGCGUCUGGCUACCUCCGUGGUACCAUCGCUGAGGGCCUCGCCGACACGACUACCGGCGCCCUUGCGGAGUCGGAUACUCAGCUUACGAAGUUCCACGGUAUCUACCAGCAGGACGACAGGGACAUUCGGGACGAGAGGUUAGCGCAGGGUGUCGAACCGGCGUUUGCGUUCAUGAUUCGGGUCAGGAUGCCUGCGGGCGUGUGUACGCCACAGCAGUGGCUGGCUAUGGACCAGAUCUCGGACGAGCACGGCUGUGGGAACUUCAAGUUGACGACGAGGCAGACGUUCCAGUUCCAUGGGGUCAUUAAGAAACAUCUCAAGCCGACGAUUCAAGAUAUCAACCGCGCUUUGUUGGAUACUUUGGCAGCGUGUGGCGAUGUGAACCGUAACGUCCUUUGCUCGUGCAUGCCUACUCGCAGUAAGAUGCACGCUCAGGUGUAUCAGUUCGCGAAGGACGUCAGCGAGCAUCUCCUUCCGAGGACUUCCGCCUACCAUGAGAUUUGGUUGGACAAGAAGCUCGUUGCUGGCGAGGCUCUUCAAGAUUUUGAGCCUCUCUAUGGCGAAUUUUAUCUGCCUCGCAAGUUCAAGGUCGCCGUCGCCGUCCCACCUGUGAACGACGUCGACGUCUUUGCGAACGACCUUGGAUUCAUCGCGAUCAUGGACGAGAACGGAGAGUUAGCCGGCUUCAAUGUUUCGAUUGGUGGUGGUAUGGGUGUCACCCACGGUAACAAGAAGACAUAUCCUCGCACCGGCACGGUCAUAGGCUUCCUUACACCCGACCAAGGCUGCGCCGUCGCCGAGAAAGUCAUGCUUGUCCAGAGGGACCACGGCAACCGCAAGGACCGCAAAAACGCCCGUCUGAAGUACACCAUCGAUCGCAUGGGACUCGACAACUUCGUGGCCGAAGUCGAAAAACGUCUAGGUUAUGCCCUCCAGCCCGCCCGACCCUACAGCUUCGACCGCAACACGGAUGAGUUUGGAUGGAUUACAGGCGAGAAUGGCAAGCAUCAUUUCACUGCUUUCAUCGAGAACGGCCGUAUCGAGGACGUUCCGGAGAAGAUGUUCAAGACGGCAUUGAGGGAGAUCGCUAAGGUGCACAAGGGCACGUACAGGCUGACGGCGAACCAGCACUUGAUCAUCUCGGAUGUGGAGACGGGCGACUUGCCCGAGAUCAAGAGGUUGUUGGCGGAGUAUAAGUUGGAUAACACCAAUUUCUCGGCAUUGAGGCUCAGUUCUUCCGCCUGUGUUGCGUUCCCUACUUGUGGUCUUGCUAUGGCCGAGUCCGAGCGAUACCUACCAUUGCUCGUUGACAAGGUUGAGGCCAUAUGUGAAGAGAACGGGCUUCGACACGAUUCGAUCGUCAUGCGUAUGACUGGUUGCCCGAACGGUUGCGCCCGACCGUAUAUUGCUGAGAUUGCGUUUGUCGGCAAAGCUCCAGGGACAUAUCUGAUGCUGCUGGGCGGCGGGUUCUAUGGUCAACGUCUGAACAAGAUUUACAGAGAGAGCGUCACGGAACCCGAGAUUCUCGCUAUCCUGAAGCCAAUGAUCAAGCACUACGCCCUCGAGCGACUAGAAGGCGAGCACUUUGGUGACUUCGUCAUCCGGGCGGGCUACAUCGCUGCCACUACAGAGGGCAAGGAGUGGUACGACCGGAUGGGAGGCGAAGGUGUUUAUCGAGAGAGUAGCGUCUGAGUUCCGUCUUGUUUUCGCCUGUUAUUUUUUGAGAGGGAUUUUUGCAUCGUUUCGUUUCCGUCCACUGUACUGGUAACCGAAGACAUUCAGAGUGUACUAAAAGUCGAGCUGUAGGGGUACUACUGCAUUUGCACGUCACCGUUCCUAUCUACCCGCAAAGGGUUUCCAUGGGCUAUUUCUCUUACGAUUUA